AUGGGGUUCCUGCAUCUUGUGUUGAAUGCGAUAUACAGUGGUCCGAGAAAAGUGGUGUACCCCUGCAGAAUCCUUGACAAGACGAUACCAAAUGAGGAGGGACUCAACAACGUGGUGUGCCAGGGGUUCCUUAUUCUAACGUACCGCAGGAAUUUCUCCCCCCUUCCAAACUCGGCUCUGACAUCCGACCAGGGCUGGGGUUGUUUGGCGCGGGCCUCGCAGAUGCUGCUCGCCCGUGCGCUGUGGUGCCACUCGCCGAGCGACUUCCAACUUGAGUACUUUCGCGACUUAGACUCUCCUCAGGGUGCUCCUUUCUCUCUACACAACAUGGUGAGGGGAGUGUCUGCAGAAGGGAGUGACUUCCGAAAUGAAUAUUGGCCGCCAAGUCAAGGCUGCAAGGCGAUUCGAUGGUGCGUCGACGAGGCGGUAAAGCGGGGCAUUCUCUCAUGUGGAAUGGAGGUUGUGGUGGCGCUCGGCGGGUGUGUAUCGCUUGACAAUGUGUGCAAGCAUCUGGAGGCGAAUUGCGCGGUGCUCAUACUGGUCCCAGUGCGGUCCGGUACGUCACGGUGCAUCACACAAACAAUGUUCUGGGCGCUCGAGCACGUUCUGUACUUCUCAUCGUGUGUCGGUGUUGUGGGCGGUGUUCCCAACCGCAGCUAUUACAUUCUGGGGACGUGCCCCUCGGGGAUGCUUUACUUGGAUCCUCAUUGCGUGACAAAGGAAGCUCUGCUCACGUGCGACGAGGGAGAUACUGCUGCUGCUAUUCCAACAGCUAGCGAUGUGAAAUGUGUGGAGUGGCAUCGGGUGGAUACGUCCUUCUUCAUCGGUUUCUAUGUGGCCUCUAUGAGUGCCUGGCAAGAGUUCCAGAAACAGUUGGAGAAUGUGGAGAGGCAAUUAGCGGUGCGAAUUCUCUCUGUCAUGAGGAAUGAGUCUCUAGGUCCCUGCAACUUGGACAUUGGUGACUGGCCUAGUUGUAAUGAAUAG